AUGGCGCGACGUUACCAGAUUGAUGAGCUGUUAUGGCUACGCUCGUCGCCCCUGGUUGCUAGGCCUGCGAACUUACCUCCGGUAGAAGAUUGGAUGGGUCCGAUACCCGACCCAACGACGCAGAGAAAAACCACCGGCACCCGCGAUCCUAAUAAUCCAAAUGAGACGACACCUCGACGACCGAGCAUCUUUGAGGCUCGUCAUGUCUCCCGCAAUUCGAAUUCAGAGGAUAUUAUUCUUGGGCCACCAAAGACCGCAUUUGCGUCCGCAUCUCGCAUACCGGGUAAGGGCUCGAUAGAUGCUACAGAACGGCCAUCCAGACAACCUGAUUCGGAUGACAUCAAGAAUGACCGGUUAAAUUUCCGCGGCAAGUUCUUCAAGGAUAGGGAAGGCGGUGAUAGUAAUUUCGACCGACGUGACGGAAAGUCGGACCCUUUCACCCCUCGUCGUGGGGACAGAGAUGACUGGAACACCGGUCGUCCCCGUCGCACCUUUGGCCAGGAAGAACAAGAGAGAAAGCCAAGACGUAACGGAGACUUUGAUCGGUGGGAAUCUCGUGAUUUCAAUCGGGACCGCGACCAACAGACUCCGAAUCAUGAACGGGGAGGGAAAGAUAAGGAUAGUCGAUUCUUUCCUCGAAGAGAUGGCCAGCCGGGGCGUGCCCGACAUGAAGGAAGUUGGUUCCGUGAUGACGGCAAUCAGGACGGCCCCGAGCCUGAGGAAGAAAAGACCCCGAUACGGAGCCGAGACUGGCGCAGAGACCGGCACGGUGCUGACCGGGAUUGGACCCGAGGUGCCAAAUUUGAACAGGAUCCUGAGUGGUUGGAUUCUAAUGAUAAGGAAGAGCCCCGAAGAGUGCACACCCAGGAAGACUUCGAACGUUGGAAAGAAAGGAUGAAGGCGGGAUCUUCUCAGGCUCCUGUAGAGGAGAAGAAAGAGACGCCCGCGGAAUCAACUCCGGCCCAGAAGUCAGAGCCCAGACCCACAGACGGUGAAAUCUUCAGCAGCAGCGGCACACCGUUCCAAUCAGACACAGCCAUGGAACGCUUUUUUGGGCUUCUGGGUGACUCUAAAUCUCCUCAGGAAAUCGCGACCUCCUCACCUUUAGAGGCCCCCAUAGUCAGUCAAGCUACACCUAAGAAAGAAAAUAUUCCGGGGAAGCCUUUCAAAUCUUCUCGUUUUGCUGGGUUGUUUAGUCCGCCCCCCGGCAGUCCGGCAAAAGAGACUGAUUCGCAGCUGGAGAACAAGUCUCCUACUGUCCAGCCAUCAACUACUGAUGCUGACCAGGAAGGGUUUCAGCGUAUUCUACAGAUGCUCGGAGGGAGCAAGUCGCGCAAUGCUACACCCCACAAUGAUACCGUGCAAGCCAAUCGGCCUCCAUCUCUUCCCCAAGCAGAAUCUGUCCAGAGCGCUAUCUCAUCUCCCUCCCACGAGCAGAUGAAGCGGCCAGACCCCAUGCUGAUUCAGGAGAGCUCUAUGCGGAGUGCUGGCCCUGCUAUGGAUCCCCAAUCCCGAGAACGGGAACAUCUACUCCGCCUAAUGCAGCAAGUCCGUGUCACUCCUGUUACAAAUCAGGCUCAAGGUAAUCAUGGUCAACCACAAAGCGCCGGCGCCGCUCCUGGUAUGAUCAAUAUGCCAGAAAUGCUCCCACCCCCUCCAGGGCUUGCAUCUGCACCAAAGGCUCCUAACUUCAUCGACGAUCCCGCGAUCGCUAAUAUGCAGCGAGCGGAACCUGAUCAGCUUCGGCGACGACCCGCGAAUGGGCCUCCGAUGGGUUACUUUGAGGAUAUGCCGUUCCCUCAAGGUGGCCAAGUUCCCAUCACCCCGGGUGGAAGCCGGGCUCCUCAAGGUCAAGGUCUACCUGGAAUGGGCGUUCAGAGACCGCCAGGCUUUGAACACUUGCCACCUCCUGGAUGGGCCGGCCACCAGCUUCCUCCACAGCAGGGCGGUGGCCCCGGUCCUCUCGCUCCUCCACCGGGAAUUCCUACUCCAACACGUGGCGUCAACCCUAACUUCAUGUCCAAUAUGAUGCCAAUGCAUGGUAAUGUUCCACCGCUCGGUGAGCGCCAACCCUUCCCACGUGGUGCAGGCAAUGGAUCUGCGGGAUUCCCGCCUCCCCCGGGUAUGAUGCCUCCUCCGGGUUAUAUGAAUGGCCCUCCGCCGUCUGGCUUCCCGCCUAUGCCACCCAAUGCCGAAGCCUGA